GGUUCAAUCUUCCCCCAAAAAGAUAUCUUAUCCUGGUGUCUCACCCCCGGGCAACGCACAAAAGUCUUGAUUUACGUGAGUUUUCCCCUCUCAAUUGGUGCUUUGGCCGCGGCAGCUGGGCUUGCGAGCUUGGAAUCGGUCGGAUUUGGUCCAAAGUUUGUGGCCUCUUGCUGCGGGGCUGCUGGUGGUGGUGGUGGUGGUGGUGGUGCUGUGGGCCGCCGGGGCGAUGGGGGCCGGGGCUUCGAGUGUUAUGGGGCUGGAAGGGGAGGCGGGAGGCCAACAGACGGGGCUAGGCGACCUCCCGGAGAGCUGCGUCGCGGCGGUGAUCGUCCACCUCGACCCGCCGGAGAUCUGCCGGGCGGCGCGGCUCAGCCGGACGUUCCGGAGGGCGGCCUCGGCGGACUUGGUGUGGGAGACGAAGCUCCCGAGCAACUACCGGCGUCUGUUGGCAUUGGCCUCGGAUGAGAAGAACCCCCGCAAAAAGAGCUGUCUGGAGAUAUAUGCCCGGUUGUGCCGGCCGAAUCGUUUCGAUGGGGGCACUAAGGAAUUUUGGCUGGAGAAGACCAGCGGUGGAAUUUGUAUGUUGAUUUCCUCAAAAGCCUUGUUGAUUACAGGGAUUGACGAUCGGAGAUACUGGAAUUACAUCCCUACAGAGGAGUCUAGAUUCCACACAGUUGCAUACCUUCAGCAAACUUGGUGGUUCGAGGUGGAUGGGGAAAUUGAUUUCUGCUUCCCAGCUGGUUCCUACAGCCUAUUCUUCCGGCUCCAUUUAGGACGCACCACCAAGCGGCUUGGUCGUCGGAUCUGCAUCACUGAACACAUACAUGGGUGGGACAUAAAGCCGGUGAGGUUUCAACUUUCAACAUCGGAUGGCCAUCAUUUUCGAUCCAAGUGCUAUCUAGAGAAGCCUGGGACCUGGAUCCUUUAUCAUGCAGGCGAUUUUGUUGUAGAGAACUCUGACGUGUCCACCAACCUCAAGUUCUCAAUGAAACAAAUCGAUUGCACGCAUACCAAAGGUGGUCUUUGUGUCGACUCUGUCUUAAUAUAUCCCAAGGGGUUUAGAGGGGGAAACGUCUUCACCACUGACACCAUGACAUAGAUUGAAACAUCAUCAUACUGUGAUCUGCUCUCUUGUAUGCCUUCUGGAGUCUUGAGUGUGCAGAUAAUGUAUAUACUAGUUGCAUAUUUGAGUGGAAAGCAGGAGCUGUGUUGUCUUCAUGGACUGUCAGUAGUUUCUCAAAAUGUAGUCUUUGAGUUGGAAAUAUUUCAACAGACUGUGGGAUGAAACUAGAAUCAAUGUGACUUUGGUGUGAA